AUGAUGAGCUUUUUCGGCCUCUUUUUGGUCAUUUCUUCCGCUUUGGGCAGCUCCUGCAACAUGAAGUUUUGCAAGGCCUGUGAGCACCUUGAGCGAAACAACAUCAUGAACAACUGGUGCCUCCAGCGAUCUAGCUGCUGCGAAGUCUACAACGAUCGAUUCAGCGGAUUAACUGGAGCAACUGACGAAGAAGACAAACUCGAUCCUGUUAAAAUUACGACCACUGCGGAUUUUUUCCAAGAACGAGAUGAUUUCUCUGCAUUCGCGCUUGUUUGCAUUACUGUAUCUCUGCUUGCGUUUGUUAUCAUGAUUUUCAUGCUCGAAAGAAUUGUCAAGGCUUCUCUUGGAAAUUCAUCGAACAGAUGUGCUCCGCGAAGUUUUUCGCUUUAUUAA